ACCUUCAAAAUGUAUACUGGCACAUGCAUAUUUUGCAAGCAUUGUGACAAUGUAAUGACAGCUAUAACUUGAAUCUGCAGCUCCCUUUGACUUGGCCCAUGACUUUGGAGCUUUGGCUGUUUUCAGCAACAAAGCUCUAAAAACCCACUUUACGUUUCCUCCUCUGCCCAAACAUCAGACAGACACAGGUGGCAACUAUGACUGGAUUUUUGAUUCUGAUUGAUCCUAGGUCAUAAAUCCCAGGCAUUAAAAUACUUCAAUUGCAGUUGGUAUGGUAACAUCAUGUGGUAUAUGUUGUAUUUUAGGUGGCAAAGGUGAAUCCCAAAGACAGCAGCUACCUGCUGAGGGAUGACUUCUACAAGCACGUACAGAGGGACUGGCCAGGCUACAGCGAGGAGGAGAGGCAGCUGAUCAGCAGGCUGCUGGCCAGGAAGUUGCAGCUGCACAUCAGCCACCAAUCACAGAACGUUCAAGCAAAUGGGUUCAUGCCGAAGACCAUAGAGGAUAUGGCACUACAUAGCAGCGCAGUGAAAAAUCCUGCAUUGAAACGUCCUGUGCCUUUUGACUCACUGGAAAGGCUAGCUGUUAAGAGACAAAAACCUACAGACCAGAGGUUGCAACAGCAGCCCACAGUAAACAGACUCUUAAACAAUAAAGGACAUGACAUUGUAGCUCCUACCCUCAACCCCAGUUUCCACACAAAGACUGAGUUUCAAAGGACAAGUAACCAAAAUGGCUUACCAGAGGGCAACAAUGGCUUCCCUCUAAUUCACAAACUGUCUAUGACCUCUGAUGCACCUGUCACAGAGAGUAGAGAGCAAGAACCCAAAGUAAGCAGCCACCAGCCACCGCAAGGUGACUCUGACUGCGCUCACCAGCAGCUCGCCAACAGCCAGCACAGGAAGAAAAAAUCAAAAAAGCACAAAGACAAGGACCGGGAGAGGUUAAAAGACAACAUGGGCAGCGAAUGCUUAGAGACCAGUUCUGAUCUCAAGCAGAAACCGGACAAACUUGACAAUCCUGACAUCACAAAUGCUGUGGCCUCUGAGGAGAAGCCGGAUUAUGUGCUUACAUAUGGCACUAUCAUGAGUUUGGAGCAACGUCAGAGGUACCUGGAGGAUUUCUGUGCGGAGUAUGAUGAAUACAAAGACCUCCACUCCCGGAUCGCCACCAUAACUCACAUGUUUGUUCAGCUAGGAUCCAAGAUCAAAAGCUUGUCCCCUGGCACACAACAAUAUAAGAUAAUGGAAGACCAAAUUCUAGAAAAGUACAACAAGUAUCGGAAGAAGUUCCCAGGCUACCGGGAAGAGAAGAAACGCUGCGAAUAUCUCCACGAGAAACUGUCGUACAUCAAGCAGCUCAUCAUAGACUAUGAUGUCUCUGAGGCUUCUUCAUAGCAUUGGCUCUCCCCUUUAUCAUAUUUUUAUAUGGAAACCCCCUUAUUAGGUGUCAGGACGUGUCAAACAAAGCCUUUUUAUUGAAAGUGAUAUUGAAGGUUUUGGAUGAAACUGCAGACGUCAACACAGAUUGUUUUCCGCCGGGACCACGGAUGAUGCUGUGGACACUAAUGAAAUCAAUCAAUAGCAGAUUUAACUUUGGUAUUUGUAUGUUUAUUUGGUUUGAAGUUAUCAUUCCUUAAGAGAUGUCUUGUUGAUGUGAAAGGUCCAAGGGGAGAGGCAUAAAACAAAAAGUCACUAAUAAAAUCUUGGAAAGCAUCUGUGCACAUCAAAUUGCCAUGCCAGACAGUUUCCCUAAUAGUUUUUUUCUAACCUUGUUAAAACCAGUGUCAGUGUAAGCCAUGGAAAUAAUGGAAAAGGUAGCAAAUAUGACUUUAAUUUAUUCACUUUGUGUUUGACAUUUGUUAAGUCAAGUAUUGCUUCAGGCAAAAUCCCCCUUUCCUUUUUUUUGGUAAAUUUAAAUAUUUCAAAAUGCUGUGUGUAAAAAAAAAAAAAAAAAAAAAAAAAAUCCACAUCAAAGUUGCCUCAUUCAUGAAACAUAAUUGAAGUAGCCCACUGCAAAAAAAAACCCUGAAGUGUUUGAAGUCAUUUCAUUUCAGAUUCAGCCUUCACGUCCUAUUAUGCAAAUGGCGUGAGAUGAUUCCACCAGUUCCCAGUGCAGUUUCCCUAAAUGUUUCAGGCAUUUAUCUUGAAGCAAGACUACUUUAAAGCAGUUGCUGCAUUAGCAUCAAGCUAUUGAAACUUGGAUUUUUACCAAAAUCUUAAAAAGAAGUUGAUUUUUGUAUUUGAAACGAGUGAAAUAAUCUCACCCUUUGGCAGAAAAUAAUAAUUUUAUUUUAAAUGAAUGAUGAUUUAAAAUUGAGAGAUUGUAAGGGGGUCCUACUGUUCACCCGGAUUCAUCUGAUCAUCUUGUUUCAUGGAGCAGGUGGUCCUGACAUAUUGCACACUAAAUUCAGAUUCAUAAAGUACUUGCUAACAUUUUGAAAGCAGCAGAAUCCAAUGAGGGACAAAAGCUGGAAAAUAUGUAAAUGGUUGGACAUGCACCACACCCCUUUUCUUUAGAAUGACUGGUAAAGGGACCAAAACGCUUGGCCUUGAUGGCUGUUGCAAUAAAUUGGUGAGGAAAGAUGAUUUUCCUCCUCAAAGCCAUUACUGACAUUGUUAAUUAGGCAAUGAGUCUAGUUUGAAGUAUUUUAACCCACUGGAAAGAAGAGUCUUUCGCUUCCUCCCCCCCUCCCCUUAGAACUACUGAUGUAUUUAUUUUAAGCCAUCUUCCUUCGCUUGAAGUGCCAGGUCUUGUUCGAUCAAAGUGUUUGUGUCCAAACAGGCGGGAGAGGUUGUGAGCAGAUCAGAGGUUCGCCUAGCAUUAUAUGUUUGUCUGUCCGGACACAGUUGUGGAGAGUGGCUGGGUUAAAGCUGCCUCAAAGUCCUCUAGAUGGGAGGUUAGUGGCUACGUUGGCAAACACUUUUUGCUGUGUCUGAAAUUCUUCACUUCUUCCCUAUAAUGAAACAACUGUAUCACACACUACGCAAAGCAUGGUGGCACGUUAUGUUUGGAUUCACAUUGUAUUGCAUUGUUGGAUUAUUUGAGACAGAUCUACAAAAUGGGCGACUACAUUGGGGACUUUGUAAUGGACAGUGAAUGAUUUCAGAGUCAGCCAUUGAUGUUUUGUCUUCAGGGAAAUGUGGAGCCAUAUUGGUAAAAAGUGUACAUUUGCUACUUCAGAGCUAUUUGUGGUACUUGGGUGUUUUAAACAAUAGUAUGAAAUGUUUUCUAUCCUUUAGUUUCCAAGUAAUAAUCAGCGCCCAUUCAGUGUUUUUUUUUUUUUGCACUAAACCCAGUUUGGAAAAAAGGGGGAAGGCAGGCUAGUAAAAAUUUCCACUUAGAUUGUAAUUGUUCAUCAUGGUUGCAGUUUUUGUACUGAAUGUUAUCACACAGUCAAUGACAGAUAAGCCUUAAGAUUACACUUUUAUAUGAUGAAAUCUUCAAUUUGCCAAUAUACAAAAGGAGUCAUUAUCCACACACAUCUGUUAUCUGCCUUAUAUUACUUUUAGCUGUCACAUUUAAACCUAUCUAGACAUUUCACUGUUCAAAUGAAUGCCAACAGUGGCUUUCUCACACAUUUGAAUAUUGCUUUUUGGAGAAAAUGUUUCAUAAUGUAAUUGUACAAUUGUUUAGUACACAGUUUGACUAGCUAUGAUGGCAUGGUUUACUCAUCAGUUGCAUUUGUAAUCUUUAAAUCUUUCUGGUACUCGUGUUUUUCAUACUCAUCAUUGUAUGGUCAGGUAUUUAUCAUUAGGAACACCACUUUGGUUUAUACUGCAGCUGAUACUCCUAUUCACGUCUCAUUUGUCUCUGCUCUGAACACAUGGUGAAGUUUGAUUGGAAGACUGUCUUCAGUGAUUCCUGUGAUAUUUCAAGCACACAAAAAAAUCAUUCAAAUGUUAAUGCACAAUCACUUUCAGGUAAUGGGUGGUAAUUAUGAGAAGGUUUGGGGGGGGAAUGGUAUAGCAGUGUUGAGUGGCUGAUUGAAGACCAUAAUUAUCUGUGUGAUGAAAGAAUCACCAAUCUUGAAGACAGAAUAUUUCUGACAAAAUCACUAAAUGGGUUUUAUUUAUCUGUGCAAGUCUUAAUCAAUCUGCAACAAAAAGUUCAUAUGGAUGUUUUGUUUUUUGGACUGGUGCUGAAUAUUUAAAAGGCACCAACCAGUGUGUACUGCACAGUAGGUGUUUUAUGUACUGCAUACCUGCUGAAGGGAAAGCCUCAUCUUAGUCACAGAAGAGAGUAUGCACUAUGAACUUUUACAAAUGUAUGCUUUCUCAUGUCCUGUUCCUGCAAGUUCAAAAGAAUAAAAAAAACAUCAAAGUGUA